AUGCCAAAUUCAAAUGGAAAUGAUUCAGUAGACUCAACUUCAUUUCGGAGUAUUUUAAAUGGAGUGAAGCGUAUGAGAGAACAGUAUAAUGUUGAUGACCAUGAAGAUGUAUCCGAAAUACGAACAGAACUACAACCUCAACGAGAGACGCAACCAGCGAAUACAAUCAACGAUGUAACGGACAAAACUAAUAAAGUUCCAAGUGCAGAUGAACCUGUGAAAGCCAACGUUCAAAGUUCAAACCAUGAAGCUCAACGAAAUAAUGAAAGAUUGGAUUCUAGCACUUCCAUUAAUAAUCCCUCUAAUACUGCCAGGAGCAAUAAUAGAAUAAAUACAAGAGGAAGCAAUGUACAAACCUAUUCAUCAGUUCAGGUAUCACAGUCGCAGAAGGGAAACCCGCUUUUAACAAAUUCUUUGAUGAAAAGUAUACCUUGGUCAUAUAAUGGAUCAAUUCUUUCAGAUUAUUAUAUUAAUCCAACUUUACAAAUACUAUUUCUUUCAUUAAAAUAUCACAAGUUGCAUCCAGAAUAUAUUUGGCAAAGGUUGAAGAAGUUGAAUAAGGGGUCUACGAUAGUCGAGACUUCAAACGAUAGAGUAUUAAGAUUAUUAUUAGUAGUUGUCGAUAUCGAUGCUCAUCAAGAAAUUUUACGAAAGUUACUGAAUCUUUGUAUUAAGCAAGAUCUCUCGUUGGUGUUAGCUUGGUCAUUUGAAGAGGCUGGAAACUACAUUGCUUUCUGCAAACAGUAUGAAAUGUCAUCUUCUAAAGUAAAGUCGGCAAUUAAGGGUACUAAGAGUUUAGAGUACCAGGCGUGCGUAGUGGACACCCUUACAGGAAUAAGAUCAGUAAACAAAACCGAUUCAGUUAAAUUAUUAGCCAACUGUGGAUCAGUCAAGAAUAUUGUUUUGCAAAGUUGCAAAAGCAACGAAGACGGUGGUUUGAAUAAUAUUCAAGGUUUAGGUGCUAGGAAAUUACUGAACAUGAGGUCUGUCUUCCUGGAACCGUUUAUUUAUAAUAAAGAAUACGAUUAA